AUGGCUGAUCAGGCAGCAAUUCGCGACAAUGAAAAACGGGCGGGCCCUCCAUUGUCAUCUUAUGGGCGAGCCCAAGUCGAAAGAGGAAAACUACUUCUACAGAUGCACAAGAAUAUGCGCAAUACGUAUCACCCUUUACAUAAUCCAAAUGGAAUUGUUAACAUUGGUGUUGCAGAGAAUACUUUGAUGCAUGAAGAACUACGUGAAUACUUCGAGCAGAAGUUCCGCUUACUUCCCGAGGACUUCACUUACGGCGAUGGCAUCACCGGCACGACGCGUCUGACAAAUGCACUGUCGACCUUCCUCAACUCGUACUUUGGGCCUCACCUUCCAGUCAGCCCGGAUCAUUUGAUUAUGGGGACAGGAUUGCUACCUAUGAUGAGCCACGUCACCAGGGCGGUCGCCGGUCGCGGUGAGGGCAUUCUUUUAGCGGCGCCUUAUUACCCGGGAUUCGACGAUAGUCUUGCCAUUGAGAACGACAUCAUUCCCGUCGGGAUCUCCGUACCUCCAUCGGAGAUGAACACAAUGGCCGAACUAGCCUACCUCGAGAAUGGUCUUUUGGAGAGCAAAUCUAAGGGGGUCGUCAUCCGAGCGGUGAUUGUGUGCAAUCCGCACAACCCUCUAGGUCUCCGCUACUCGCGCAACGUUUUGAUUGGGUAUGCUCGUCUGUGCGAACAGUACAACCUGCACCUCAUCUGCGACGAGGUGUAUGCCUUAUCCGUCUUCCCUUCACGCGAUGUACCACAGCCGCAACCUUUCGUUUCUGCAUUGUCAUUGGAUCUUCAGGCGCUGGGUGUCAACCCGUCCAGGGUCCACAUACUCUACGGUAUGUCCAAGGACUUUAAUGCGGAUGGGUUCCGCGCAGGCGUCUUCAUCUCCCAGUCCAACUUACUACUGUUGCGGAGUUUAACCGUCGCAGCCAUGUUCAUGAGCGUUGCAUCUCCCACCGACAUCCUCUGGUCCACGCUACUCACCGACAAGACUUACCUUGCGGCGUUCUUUGGGCGUAACCAGGCGAAACUACGGGAAGCGUAUGAAUACAUGACCCAGUGGCUCACAUUCCACGGUUUACCCUACAUUCCGUCUUGUGCAGGGCAUUUCCUCAUGGUCGAUAUGCGCCCCGUGCUGUCGAAUUGUGAUCGAUACGCUUCCAUUCUUUCGGUAGGACACGAGGCCACAAUGCGCGAAAAGGAAACCGCCUUAUACAACCUGCUGCUGGCACACAAGGUGACAGUCGUACCUGGAGCUGUUAUGCAUACUGCCGAGGGUGGCUGGUUCAGGUUCACAUUCUCACUCCGGAGGGAGUUCACCGACGUGGCUUUGUCGAGGUUCGAACAGGUGUUGGGAUGGCGCUCGUGGAAGGAGAAUCCCCUUACUGCAAGCACUGAGGGCACGAACGGAUGA